CAACGUCAAAAAUGCGGUGAAUGGCCAUCAUCCCUUCAUGCUGCAGCUCUAUCCGGCCUACUCGAAGGGGGAGUAAAUAAAGAAAGCUCUCAUGGCGGCAGCAUUUCUGGCCGUUGCCAGCUGGCUACGGGAAAAGUAAAUGGCACGUUUGCGUCCUCCGGCAACUCUCCGACUUCAGGCGUUGGAAUAUCGACAUCAAUCCAGUUGGCUGGUCAGCUUACGGGGCCUCAUCGCAACCACUUACUUGUGGCAUUAGGAGAGGUUUACGCAUACUUGGGCCAGUUUGCAGAAGCUGCACGAAUAUUCCGUCACGCUGGACAGCCUCAGCGUGCCAUCGAUCUCUACUCCGAUUUGCGAAUGUUUGCAGAGGCUCGCAACGAGAUGGCUGCUAUGCAGGCGUUGAGCGGUACCGCCGGCAGCCCAAAGCAGCAGCAACCACAGCAUCAGCAGAUCUUCUCUUCUCCGGGUCAUUUGGUUGCGUCGGUUGCACCGAUUACUGAGGCACAGCGUCAACUGGUGACGAGGCAGGCAGACUGGGCGCGCAUCACUAAAGAGCAUCGUAAGGCGGCUACCAUGUACAUCGAGGCGGGCGAAUAUGUCAAGGCUAUUGAAUUGGCUGCAGAGCACAACUGGACCGAUGUGUACGUUAUGUCCUGA